AAUUCCACAUCAUUUGUAUUUUAUAUGUUAUUUUAUUUAUUAUAUUAUACAUCAUAAUUAAACAUUGUAAAUGAAUAUGGGAUCCAUCGAUUCACCAAAGCCGACCACCCCAUUUCUGCAAUUUCCUUUCUCCGCGCCGAUCACAAGAUAUCCAUUUCACCCCCACCGGCGAUUCGCCCUACCAGCCGCAGCCGCGAUCUGCCAUCUUCCACCGCGAUUCGCCGCUCCCCUUUCCCCUCCACCGCUUUCUGCCCCGUCACCAAGUCGCCGUCAGAGAUCUGCCCCUUCGACCUUCUCCGAUGCCACCUCCAUUUCCCUCCUCCCCUAGCGAUUCACCCCACCGGCCCCAGCCUCAAAUUAUAAACACCAUGGACUCGCCGCCGCCAAAUCGCUGAUCCAAGCACAGUCUACGCCUUAAUGACUAUUGCUUCGCAAUUCAACCAUGGAUUCUCGCCGCGUCGGCACCCACCGCGACUCACCGCUCCAUCAUCAACGGCCACUCCGACUCCGACGCUCUCAACACCGACCCGGCCUCCGUCGCCGCCGUCUGCCACCUCCAUUUUCCCUUACCCCCUCCCCGCGAUUUCGCGAUCUGCCUAAGCCACCUCCAUCGAUAAACGUACCGCCUCCACCGCGAUUCGCCGGCCUUGCAUCGAUCUAACUCAUCCCAUGUUUCUCUCUCUUCAAGCAUCUCAAACCAUUUCCGACCAUGGAGGUGUUGAAAGCUCAAAAUUGCGCUUCUCCCACCAUGAUUCGCCCCGCCGGCCUCCGCCGCGAUCUGCCACCUCCCUUUCUCCCUCCCCCACCGCGAUUCGCGGCGUCGGCCCUGCAUCGAUCUACCCAGGACUCAGUCGGCUGUCAAUUCUGCACCCCGUAUCUGAUCUAAGAGUUUUCCAGAACAAGCGUUUGAUUGAGGGAGCAGAGCAAACCUUGCAGAAAAGAAGGUCCAAGUUUUUGUAUUUCUUCAUAUUGCAGCACCAAUAUUUCUCUUUCUUUUUGCCUUUUUUUUUCCCGAGAUUUGCUGACCGUAGUUUAGUUGCUUGCCUCAUUGAUGUAUACUUCGAUGGAAGAAAGAUUUGGAUAUGAGGUGAUAUUGUAGUUUAUACUUCUCUUGGCUUCCUAUUCACUACAAAAAAGCGCCAAUUUACCGGCAGGAUUUACCGGCGGCAGCCUCGCCGCCGGCGAUUACCGGCGGCUUUCCGACGGCGGAGCUGCCGACCCGUAGUUUUUGAAUAUAUGGCGUUGAUACCGGCGGCAAAGUUACCGCCGGUGAUCACCGGCAGCAUAGCGGCCGGUAAAAUAUUAAGGCCGCCGGGAAUUUUUUUUUAAAUUUUAUUGUUUACUAUUUACCAAAUAGCGGCGGCACCUGCCGCCGGUGAUUAGCGGCGGCAAGUUUGCCGCCGGUAAAAAGUGCGGGUCGGGCUUCAGCGGCGGUAAUGGGCCGCCGCUAAUUUUAGAGCCCAAAAUCGGGUGCCCUAACCCUCUCUCCUCCAGAACAGAUCCCCCCCGCCUCCAGCCCCCCUGCCCCCCCCCCCCCCCCGCCUGCCCUGCCGCUGCCCUGCUGCUGCUGCUGCCGCCGCCUGUUGCCGUCGCCGUCGCCGUCGCCGGUCGCCGCCGUCGCCUCCGUCAAGGCCAAUCCUGCCGUCUCACCGCUCCUGCCACCGCACGGUUCCGCCGUCGACUCCUACGGUACCAUGUCUCAUCGUAGAGGAUUGUUGGGGUUUGGUAGUCGGUCUUCUGGGCCUGAGGCACAGUCCUCCUCAGGCUCUGGGCCGUAUAUUUCCGCUACUCCAGAGUCUGGUUCCCCUCCACAGAGCGCUGCUGCAUCUGGGUCUAGAAGGUCCAAAGGCAAAUCAGUGGCGCAGAUUAGGGCCGAGUGUGUUAGGCGCGACGGGAGGAUCCUCUUUCAGAGGAAUACUGUUGGUAAGUUGAUCGAGCCCCCGGGGAUCUCCACCUGCUGCACGAACUCGUUUAAGAGGAUUCCGAACCCAGGCGGGUACACGUGGAAGUUAACUCCGCCAACGGUGCAGGAGUUGUAUUUUGAGGAAUUCAAGAAAGAGUUUACUUGGAACCCUGAUGAUGAGGCUGAUGUGAAAAAAAUGUGGUUAGAAAAGGCCCGCAAAAGGUACAGUGACAACAUGAGCGAGUAUAAGAGACAGCUCAAGCAGAAGACCGAGGCAGGGGAGAUCAUGGAGACACCGCUGGGCAUGUCCGACACCUUUUGGAUGGGACUCAAGGCAUACUGGGAUCAAGAUGAGGUUAAGGUCGUUUCUAGGCGCGCACGUGAGAACCGAUACUCUGAGCCCGAUGGAGUUGGUACAGGGAUCAGUCGGCACGUUGGAGGGUCUCAGUCGAGUCGUAUUCUGCAGCAGAGUCUGCUCGUGGAUGGUGAAGUCCCCCCAACUGCAUCUAACUACAGCACUUUCCUCCGCCUACACAUGUACGCAGAUGGAACUUUUGUGUCAGAAAAGGAUGCCAACCUUGAUGCGGAGAUUCAUCGUGUUGCUGCUGAGACAGGACGAGAGGACCGACUCGAUGAGGUCUACUUAGAGCUCGUACGUCUCGGUAGGUCACGACUGUACGGCACUGGAAGUGCCGGUGUGAGCCAGUUCAGUAGGGGGUCUACCAACAGUACAUGCUCUUCCCAGAUGUCUCAGCGGAUGUAUGAGACUCGGAUCUCCACACUGGAGGAGCGUCUCCAAAAGGCUGAGGAGGAUAGGGCGGCCCAAGAAGCAGCACGUGAGGCCGAACAAGCAGCACGUGAGGCCCUUGAGCAGCGGAUGAGUCAGUUCGAGGAGAUACUGAGGCGGUCGGGUCAGCUACCUUGAGCAUCACUUCUAUGUAUCUAUAUCAUGUUGAACUUUUUUUUUUUAUGUUAUGUUUCUGAACAAACACAAUUACACUUGAACUUUGUUUAACAUUUGUGUUUUGUUGAACAAUUUAAUUGUUUUAUGUUUUCAAAUCGUUCUA